AUGUCAAAAUUCCACAAUUUCUUCAUCUUCCUCGUUCUUACACUUCUACUCCUAAUUAACCUCUCCCUAUCAACACCGGUUGCCAAUCCAACACCCGAGCCAUUGGCCGAACCACUUCCAUCCCCUGUUACUUCAUCCGUCGAAGCCAUGCAAGACAUCGAAAAACGACAAUUUCCUCUAUUUGGCGGUGGCUUUGGGGGUUACGGCAACGGAUACAUGAGUAGUGGUUAUAGUAGUGGCUUAUAUGGAGGCUUUGGUGGUCUAGGUUAUGGUGGUUUAGGUCUCGGUGGUCUAGGUUAUGGUGGUCUAGGUUAUGGUGGUAUGGGUUUCAUGCCAUUUAUAAAGAAACGUGACAUCGGUAUCGAUAUUCCGGAACAAAACAUUGAAAAACGCGAUCCAAGCGUUUCUCAAGAUGCUGCACAGGACACCAUUCUCGUCAAACGUCAGUUGAUCCCCGGCGUGGGACUAGGUGCUGUUCCGGCUUUAGGACUUGGUUUGGCUCCUGCGGCAUUGGGCGCUUAUCCCGCUGCCGCAUUUCCUGCCGCUGGUGGAUUCGGGUGA